AUGUCCUCUCAGCUCAAAGGAGGCCUGCAGCUAGAGACCAGAGCAAAGCUUUCUGUACUAAAAUCCGAAGAAAUUGUUGACGUGACAAGUCCUGACGGAUGCGUUGGGCAGCACGGCUGCCACGCUGACGGAGGGGAGAAUAAAGUGACUCUGUCUCCAGUGCGCCAUCAGCAGAAACCACGCAAGAUGGCCCGUAGCCCCAAAUGCGCCCGCUGUCGAAACCACGGCGUCGUUUCGUGUUUGAAAGGCCACAAACGGUUCUGCCGCUGGAGGGACUGUCGCUGUGCCUGCUGCCUGCUGGUGGUGGAGCGGCAGCGCGUCAUGGCAGCGCAGGUCGCACUGAGGCGGCAGCAAACUGCGGAGGUGAGGAGAGCACAAGGACAGGGUAAGAGGGGGGUCAGGUGUGCAACUCCGUUGCGGAGAACGGCAUAUCAGCGCUACACCAGAGCAGCCGAGCCCAGCAUCCUGGCUAAGAGCCUCCUGCAGGGGAUCAAACCGGUGGAGCUGCUGGAGGACGACUCCUCCUGCUGGUCAAAGCAGACACAGCGUGACCAAACACACUUUAUGUGUCCCCCCAUCAGUGCCCGGAUGAGAAAGAGGCGUGCCUUCGCAGACAAGGAGCUGGAGAACGUUAUGCUGGAGCGGGAGCUGAGACAGAGAGAGAUGCAGAGCGACAUUUCCUUCUCCUCCUCUGCCAUCGUCCCCAUGCUUCACCCUUCGCCCCUGCCCAUCUCCCCAAGCCUCCACUGCUGUCUUCUCAACAAAGACCCCACUGCUCCAGGGACGUCCAGUUAUGUGCCUUUGUAUAAAUAUAAGCCUUUUUAUGAGUGUGACUUCCAGUUCUAUCAGUUCUUCCACCUAAAGAGCAGGUCUUCCGCAGAAAGCGACUAUAAUGACAUCUUAUGUCAAAGCUCAGAGCAAACCAGGCAAGAUGAGGAGGUGCAGAAUAGCUGCAAAGGCUUGGAGAAGAAAGAUCAACCAGAGCUGAGACCACUACUAUCACAACAAAGACUCGACCAUCAUGGCAACGCCUUGUCAGGUCUAGACCAUGUCAAAUUCCUUUCAAAACCAACAGAAAUAAUGGAUUCAAAUGGCUCUCCAACCGUCACACACUCUAUUUUUGGAUCAGAUCAGAGUAUCCUGGGCAGGCCAGAUGUUAGUGCACCCAGCAGGACUUUUGAUCCCAGACCUCUGACAGCUAAGGGCUGGUGUGCAGGCACUCCUGCCGACCAGGCAGGUACUCAUUCCGACUCUGUCAAGAGCCCUCAUGGCAGCUCAGUCAGGACUCCCACUGUGAGGCCAUUACCUUUCUCUGUAGAGGCUCUGCUGAGGGCCUGACAGCAAAUGGAAAGCAGCAUACUGCACUUUGUUUGUGUGCGAACUAAGAAUUGAUGCUCAGUGAAUAAAUAUAAAAAUGGCUAGGUGUAUUACAGGUUUUGAAACACUUCUCUUGACAAGAGCUGGCUGCUAUAAAUUGGCAAUAGAAGAAAUAAUUAUGAAAUAAUUCCAGAACAUGUC